GAGAAAGUGGUGCCUCCAAAAGUAACCACCUUGAUGUCACUAAACCUUUGACCCAUUUAUCUUCAAAAAGCAUCUUCCCUAUUCUCCCCCUUUCUUCUUCAACCCCUCUCUCUCUCUCCACUCUCUAACAUUCUCUCUCUACAGAACCGAUAUGAGGAGAGAUGACUUGUUCAUCACAAUCCCCACCUUUUUCCGUUGCCCGAUCUCGCUAGAAGUAAUGAAAUCGCCGGUAAGUCUCACCACCGGAGUAACCUACGAUCGUACUAGCAUCCAAAGAUGGCUGGACGGCGGAAACAACACAUGUCCAGCUACCAUGCAACUUCUAGCUACAAAAGAAUUUGUUCCAAAUCACACUCUCCAACGCCUCAUCCAGAUCUGGUCAGAUUCAACACUCCAAACUUCUUCCUCGUCUUCUGUUCUCACCACCAGCCAAGCUUCUCAGAUCGCUGGACAAAUUCUUCUUUCUUCUAUGGAUUGCUCCGGUCAAAUAUCGAAACUUCUGUCGUUCGCGCUAGUUUCAGGUCAAAAUAGGAAGUUACUUGCGUCAAUUGAUGGGUUCUGUCAGUUUCUUAUCGGAAUCGGAGCUGAUAAUGCGAAUCUCGACGUGGCGGCUAAUUUAUGUUCGCUUGAAGAAUCGGUAAUGCUUCUUCAGCUUGUGUUGAGUGAAGAUAUUGGCGAAAGAAGUAGAGAAAAGUUAGAUAAAUAUUUACUGGAGAAAAGAGAUAAAGUCAGUUUAUCAACUCUAUUUCUAUUGCAGAAAGGAAACUUGUCUUCGAGAAUUGCAGCAGCGAAGGUAAUGGAACUAUUAUCAUUAGACGCUGAAUCAAAACUUUACUUUGCGAAUAACAACGAUUUACUAUCAGAGCUUUUUCGAUUAGCAACAUGCGAGUCCGAUCCAGAAGCAAUUGAUAGCGGUUUAUCAUGUUUGAUUUGUAUAUCCAUACCGAAACGAGCUAAAUUGAAACUAAUCAAACUCGGAGCAGUCCAAACGUUAAGCAAAAUGUUGAACGAGACAAAUCUAAGGAUGAGUGCCACAGAAAAGGUGUUGAAGUUACUAGAAAUGGCGUCGACUACGAAGGAAGGGAGAUCGGAGAUUUGCGGGUUUAAUGGAGAAUGUCUGAUCGGUUUGUUGAAAAAGAUUUUGAAGGUGUCGACGACGGCGACGGAGCACGCGGUGACGAUAUUGUGGAGUUUGUGUUGCGUUUUUAGAGACGCGGUGGCGCAGGAGAUAGUGACGAGUGGUAAUGGAGGUACGAAGAUGUUGUUAUUGAUGCAGAGUAAUUGUUCGCCCGCGGUGAGACAAAUGGCGAGCGAUUUGUUAAAAAUAUUUAGGGUUAAAUCGAAGGGGUCGUGUUUAUCGAGUUAUGAGACGAAGACGACGCAUAUAAUGCCGUUUUGAAAGAACUAUAGUGAGUAGUUUUUGAUUGGUACAUUACUUUACUACAUUCAAUUAACAAAUUUAUCUAUGCAAAAAUAUAGAUAGAUCAAAUCAAAGUGUAAAUCAAUUUUGUUAACAUUAUUAUACCAUAAAUAUUCAUUUCAAUAAA